AUGGUGAACUUCCAACAGCGAUUCUACAUGCAGCAUAUCAACAACCAGUUCAAAACAAAUCUACCCAAAGAAAUAAUGGGAUUUCCAGAAUUCCCUAUUCCAAAAAAUGAAGAAUCCUACAUACCAGCGAAAGACAUACUGAAACUAAUUGAUGACUAUGCAACACACUACAAUGUAAAGCAGCAUAUAAAGGCUCUAAAAUAUCAAGCAUUACUUUGA